UGAUAAGGGACGGGACGGGGGUUGUUGGGUCCAACCUCCAAGCACUAGCACCAGUUCCACCACCAGCUGCGGCGGCUGCGGCGGCGGAGACUCCGAGGAAGGAAGCAACCGGAGAAGCCGGGAUGAAGGCGACGGUGAAGGGCCGCUACGAGGGCGACAAGGCCACCGCGGCCGCCACGGUCGCGCUCGCCGCCGCCGGCGACCUCCGCCUCCGCGCCUCCGCCACCGACGCCGCCUUCGCCGCCGGCCCCUCCCUCGACGGCCUCACCCUCACCCUUGAGAAGCCCGGCGCCUUCCUCCUCGACCUCAAGCCCCACAACCAGGAUGUGCGCUUCCAGUUCAUGAACUCGGCGACGGUGCUCGACAAGCGGGUCAGCCUCACCUACACGCACUCCACCUCCCUCGCGCCCGCCGCGCCCAAGCCGGCCAUCCCGGCCCCGGCCGCCGGCGCCGCGCCGGCCCCGCCCCCCGCGCCCAGGGGCCCGCCUCCCGGCCGCACGGCGCUCGACCUCUCCAUCGCCUUCGACCCCGCCAACAAGGUCAGCGUCUCCCACGCGCUCGGCGGGGGCGGCUGCCGGGUCAAGUACACCUACGCGCACGGCGCCGGCCGCCUCACCACCAUCGAGCCCGUCUACGACACCGCCAAGAACGCCUGGGAGUUCGCCGUCGCCAGGAAGUUCGACGCCGGGGACACCGUCAGGGGCACCUACCAGGCCUCCACCAAGCAGCUCGGGCUCGAGUGGACCAGGAGCUCCAGCAUCGGCGGCUCCUUCAAGGUCGCGACGACGUUCGAUCUGUCCGAUCAAAGCAAAGCACCGAAGCUCGUAGCGGAGAGCACGUGGAACUAUGAGAUCUGAUCGCCUCCACCUCCUCCUGCCAGCGAGCAAGCGGGCAGCUCCUGCUCAUAGAGCAGCACCAUGUGUCAUCAUACUGUCUACUACAACUCAACAGGCAGACUGCCCCUCUCUGGGUGCACCAUUAUUCGAAUACUAUUACCGCUAUCCAUUUUUUGCUUGUCGUGUGACAUCUGAGUCGUCGCUGGCGAUGCUAUGACAUGAGAAAUGAGGUUUAAGUUAAAUGUCUUGUGCUGAGAAUUUCACGAA